GGCCUUUCCUUCCUCUCUCUCUUCCAGGGAAGGAGGAGCCACCGCGCCUUGGGAAUGCAAACAGGAGGCUCCAGAUCAGCCAGGCGCCCUGCUUCCCCUCCAACGGAUUCAAACUGGGGAGAAUGCCGCCAACGCUGGUCUUCCUCGGCGCCUUGGUCCAGGCAGCCCGCGGUUGGGGAGAGCUGGCCCUCUUCGCAGAUCACAGUUGCAGGACCUUGAAGACAACCGAUGUAAUGGACAGCUCUGGUACAACGUGUUUCUGCUACGUCCCAGAUGGAGUGAUCCAUUUGAAAAAUGUCUGGUCAACUAUUCAGGUGAAAAUAAAUAGCACUGAAAUGUUGGAAGUAGUAUCUGUUCCAGGAGAACAUGGCUGUCAACGUUCAGAAAAUCUGUUUGCUUUUUUAAAAUGCUUGGUUAACAGCAUUUGGAAGCCAGGCGUUUCUAAGCAAGUCAUCAUAUCACUGGACCAGUAUGGAGAUGAAACAUGUUUCAAGGUCCAACCCCUGCAAAAAGUGUCCUACACCGUGAGUGCACAGCAGAACAUGCUUGAUGGCAAACUCUUUCUAUUAUUUGUUGUUGGUGGCCUUCUUUUUCACUUUGCGCAUAGCCUAAGUAGAAGUGUUGUAUUCUAUUAUUCUGCUGGAGUAGCGCUGGGUGUUUUUGCCACUCUAGUCUUUCUCCUUUUGAUGCUUAAAAGAUUUAUUCCCAAGUUAAGUACCUUCUGGAUUUUAAUGAGUGGAUGCUGGUUUUCUUCUCUCUAUUUUUUUUACACUUGGAAAGAGGAUUUGAAAGCGCUCUGGCACAAUUCAUCAUACUACCUACUGGGGUAUAUUCUAAUAGUUGGAUUGGCCAGUUUUGCCAUUUGUUACACACAUGGACCUCCUAGUAGUGAGCAAAGUAUGAAUAUCUUGAUGUGGACACUGCAGCUCCUCGGCUUGAUCUUAGUCUACUUUGGCACCGCCAUCCCGCAGGUUGCAAAUGCGACAAUUGCUGCCAUGCUGUGUUCAAAAUUCCUGCGUUACCCUUUGAGAGUCUUGCACCACGUUGGCAGAAAAGCAACUCAGUUUUUCAAAUGCAAAAAGUUUAAACUUCGCUAUCUUACUGAAGAAGAGUAUCAACAGCAAGGGGAAAAGGAGACAAUCAAAGCCUUAGAAGAUCUGCGUCAAUUCUGCAGGCGUGCUGAAUUUCCCUCCUGGGUUGCAGUGGUCAAGCUGCAACACCCACAAAAAUUUGCACACUUUAUCCUUGGAUGUCCUCAUGUGUCGCCUGAAGAAAUAUCUGCCCAUGAGGAGCAGUAUGGUUCUGGAGGAGCUCUCUUUGAACAGCAGCUUUUUCAUGAAGGGACAGAGGCAGAACCAGACCCACGAGCUGGUCCCACCAGCAGAGAGGAGAACCAACAAGAGGAGGACGAAAGGCGGAAGCAGCCAAACAAUCUGCACUGCUGCACCAGAGAAGUUCUUUGAGUAAUCCCGUCAAAAUGAGAUGCGUUAAAGACAUAGCAGUUGCAGAUGAAGGUGUGACGAACCAGGAGGAACGGGUCAUGUAAUUCACACCAGUUUACUUGAACUAGAUGUUAAAAUGUUUAAAAGAUGCAGAGGCUGGAGAGACUCAAAUGAGAGCUAGGAGUAGCAAAGGGGAAGAGGAGACAGAGAAUGGAGUAGAUGAAGAGGACAGAGGUGAUGAGAGGGUCAGAGGAAGAGACAGAUUGGAUCAUCCAGAACCACAGGAUGGAAAAUGGUUCAAUACAGUCAGAACUCCACAUUUGCUGGGGAAUGGAGAAGCUGUAAAUAACACUGUGUAACAAAAUUUGGGAAAAAAAUCUGUUCCUGGUUUUAAAGCAUUAUUUCCUGUUUAAUUGUGCGGUACUUACUUUGAAAGUCAUUGUUAUACUCCAGAAACUUCAUUUUUGUGGUCAUCACAAGCUAGGUUGAAUUAGUUGGGACUCAAUGAGAUAUUCAUUGAAAAACUAGCAAAAUGUGCUGCAGGAUGUUUUCGUUUUUGCAGUUUGAUAAACUUUUCCCAUGUUUUUGCGAUGGAACCAGUUAGGAAAUGACAUUUAUAAUCCCGGAACAAAAGCGUUGCAUAAUGUAAAAGAUCUCCCCAGAAAUCUA